AUGGACUGCACUGAGCAAUUUAUCAACCAUCUUGGUUCUUCCUGCUUCGCGUCCUUCGAUUCGUUCAACAGAGCCCUGAAAGAAUUCGAAGAGGUAUUUUGUCGUUUUGUGACACUUUUGUGUGUAGAUAACAUGCACACGGUAUACAAAAAGAAGGUCAAAAUGUUUUCCCGAAGAAGCCCUUGAAAGGAAGCUUUUCAUUUACAGAGCCGUAGAGUUUGCUUGCUCGCUUCGAGGAAACCCUGCAUCUAGAGCCGGUCAAAGGUUUUGGAGUUUCCACUUUGAUACUAAGUUCCUAGAGCAUGCGGGACUCUUUGUGCAGCAUGCUUCGCCAUCCGUUACCGACAUGGCUCGCUGCGCGUCGUGCGGUACGAUAUGCGACACAAUCACGACAAAUAUCUCGGGUGGAUAUUUGAAAAGCAACCCAAUCUAGUUGCUGAUAGUUUGGGUAAGUCGUUUUUAUUUUCAUCUGACUAUGGUUUAAGGCGAGUCAACAAAUGCCGCCGCUGAUCUUUCACCUCAGUUUCUGCAGAUUAUGCAUCCCAUGCGCUUCUCUUCCUUUCAUGAGCUACAGGCUAAAAUGGAGGAGUUUCAAAAGGUAUUUCUUAUCUUCUGUUUUUGGUGACCGUUCAAGUAUACCGGCAGUCUUUAUGUCAUGCGGAGUACCAAGCGCUUUCCUGAUGACCGUCCCGAGAGAAAGACCUUAGUUUAUCGGUCACUUGUCUUUGAAUGCUAUCAUUAUGGAACUCGUAAAAGUCUAGCAAGAUUACGUCCAAAUCAGCGGUACGUAGACACUUUUUGCUUUUGGUAUUUACAUUUAGGACAGCUAAGAUUGGUUGUCGUUCAAGAAUCAGCAUCUACUGCAAGGACCAAGAACUCACGGUCAUGCGCUACGAAGUGCGUCACAAUCACGAAGUUACUCAGCAAUCAGCCCGCCUAUAUCCAAAGAAUAGGCGACUAGAUAAAAACCAAGAAAUGGCCGUCAGGGAAUUAAUGAAGUCUCAUCCGGAAAAUCACGUCAUCAAAGACUAUAUUGAAGGUCAGCUUACCCUCAUUCUCCACGCACUAAUAUCUUUUGCUGUACAGACAACUUCAACAUGACAGUGACCCUGUAUGAUGUAAAAAACUUAAAACGGAGGUUCAAAGCUCAUCCUGAACCACCGACUGAACUCACCCAGGAGGACAUGUUUUCGCAUAUUAAUCCCCAGCUUCAACAACUGGAACAACUUGCUAUGUCCUCCAACAGCGAUCGGUUCUGGGGCCGCAUUGACGACAUCGCGGCCCUCGCAAGCAGAUGGCGUAACGAGGACAAUGAAAUUUCCGGCGUUAUGGUGUCUUCACCAGAUCACUGUCCAGAAGUGGCUGCCUUCGAAUGUGCUGAAGCGGACUCCUCUAGUUUACUGAAUUCUGACGACGAGACGACGUCCACUAGCGUCUACUUUAAUAACCAAAGUGGGUCAGAGGCAUACGUUGUGGAGCAGGCUGUCCAGCGUAGAAUGGCGCUGGUGGACAAUGUGACCCACUACCACAGGCACGAUCGCCUUCCGAAGGAUAUAAAGUAUGAAACAACAGAUUUCAAAAACCUUAAUAGCACAUGGACCCUAUGUGAAGAGGACCACCGAUGA